GAAUUAUUCUCACCCAACUCAACUGUAUAAAUGAGUGGCCGGCCGGAGUAUUUAUAAGAAUGGAUCGGAGAAAGAUUAAAGCUAGAAACGUUCGUACGUACACAUCAUAUCAUAUGCAGGUCGAUCGAAUAGGUAGCUAGGCUAGGUUUCAUCCAUUGCAUCAAAACGUACAUUUAUAUAGCUGAUCAGAAUACGUACGAACGACGUAGCUAGUUAAUUAAGAUGGUGAUGAUGGGCGGGGGCGCUAGAGUGACCGUUGUUGUGGUACUGCUACUUGUUGAGGUUAUGUCGGCGGCGGCGGCGGCGAAGGCACCAGCCGCGGCGGCAGCAGCACCGGCAGCGGUAGGGGGAGGAGGAAAAUUAGUCGAUUCCCCACCCAUCCCUUCCACCAAGGCGGACAUCGAGAGCUGGUUCUCCUCCAACGUGAAACCGCUGGAGAGUCGAAAGGACAGCCUGGACCCGGCGUUGGUGGCGGCGGAGGCGGACGUGCAGCGCAUUAGGGUGAGCCGGGACGGAAAGGGAGACUUCAAGACCAUUUCGGACGCCAUUAAGAGCAUCCCGGCGAAGAACACCAAGCGUUACGUCAUCUCCAUAGCGGGCGGGAAUUACUCGGAGAAGGUGAAGGUUGAUUGGAACCAGCCUUUCGUCACCUUGUACGGAGACCCCAAGGACCGGCCCACCAUCAUUGCUGGUGAAACUGCUGCUAAAGUCGGCACCAUCUACAGCGCCACUCUCUAUGUCCUCUCCGAUUACUUCAUAGCCAUUAACAUCAACAUUAUGAAUUCAGCUCCAAGACCGGAUGGGUUAAAAACCGGACAACAAGCUGUGGCCCUAACCAUAACCGGCGAUAAGGCGGCAUUCUACAACUGCAAACUGUAUGGAUUUCAGGACACCCUGUGCGACCACCAUAACAAGCAUUUCUACAAAGACUGUUACAUUGAAGGAACCGUGGAUUUCAUAUUCGGGGAUGCCAAGUCCAUCUUCCUGAACUCGGAAAUACACGUGAUCGAGGGGAAUCGGAUGGCCAUGAUCACCGCCCACGGCCGGAAAAGUGAGAGCGAGGACACCGGGUUCUCUUUUGUGCAUUGCACAGUCACCGGAACCGGGAACACGGCUGUGCUGGGCAGAGGAUGGUUUGACUACUCCAAGGUCGUCUUCACCUAUACCCAAGUUAGCGACGCCGUUAAGCCUGAGGGCUGGUUGGGAUUGCGCAGCGAUACCACCAAGGGAGGGACAAUCUUCUUCGGAGAACACCAGAAUACGGGGGCAGGCGCAACAAAGACAGCUCGUCCUUCCUACGUUAAGAUGCUCACUGAGACAGAGGUGAAGCCUUUCUUGAGCCUCAACUACAUUGAAGGUUCCAAGUGGUUGCUUCCCCCCAUCAAACUUUAAUUUAAAGCUAAGCUUCACUCCAUCGCCAGCCCACUGCACGCCGUCGGUCGUACUAGCUGGCUAUAUUUAAUUAAUUAGUUGAAUCUUCUUCAUUUUAAUUUCCCGAUUAAUAAAAACUUUAAUCAAACUUCAUUCGCCAUUACUCAACCGG